AUGGCAAGAAAGCAAGGAGAAGUGAUGUGGCCAAGAUUAGUGGCAAACAAGAUUCUACGAAAGCCAUUGGGAAGCAACAACUUUGUGACAGAUUUUCCAGGCAACGACGAUCCGGAUGGAUUAGUGCUGGAAGCACCAAGUUUUGAUCAACCGUCUUCCAACUCUACGUCCACCAUCUUCAAUCAUCACAAGGACACUAACACACACAAGUACAAGGUUUUUGUUAGUACAUGGAAUGUUGGUGGGGUGGAACCACAACAAGAUAUGAACAUCAAGGAUUGGAUUGACACAUCCUGUGACAUCUAUGUUUUCGGGUUUCAAGAAAUUGUUCCUUUGAAAGCCUCCAAUGUUCUGGGGUCUGAGAAUAGUAGCAUCUGCAUGAAAUGGAAUUCCUUGAUCAGAGAAGCUUUGAACAAGAAAACACACUACUACUCCCAAGACAAUUUGAAGCACGACAAACAUGAUCAUGAUGGAAACCCAAAUAUUAUCGAAAACAGCAAUAAUCCACGGGAAUUCCACUGUAUCAUAAGUAAGCAAAUGGUGGGGAUAUUAAUAUCAGUUUGGGUUCGAAGUAAUAUUCGUCCCUUUAUUCGGCAUCCAAAUGUCUCUUGUGUUGGCUGUGGCAUCAUGGGAUGCCUUGGAAAUAAGGGUUCUGUCUCAGUCAGAUUUCGGUUGCAUGAAACAAGUUUCUGCUUUGUGUGCACUCAUCUAGCUUCGGGAAGCAGAGAAGGAGAUGAGAAACUGAGAAAUUCUAACGUCGCCGAUAUAUUGUCCCGAACAAGUUUUCCUAGAGGCCCUUUGCUUGAUUUGCCACGAAAGAUCCUAGAUCACGAUCGAGUAAUUUUCCUGGGAGAUUUGAAUUAUAGAAUUGCCCUUCCAGAAGCAACGACGCGAUCAUUAGUGGAGAGAAGAGAAUGGAAUACCUUACUAAAACACGAUCAGUUGAUGAUGGAGCUGAAAGAGGGUCAAGUACUUGAAGGUUGGCAUGAAGGGGCAAUUCAAUUUGCUCCCACUUACAAAUAUUGUCCAAAUUCUAAUGUAUACUAUGGAUGUCGUCCUGGAAACAGAGGUGAAAAGAGGCGCGCUCCUGCAUGGUGUGAUCGGAUAAUUUGGUGCGGAAAAGGAUUGAAGCAACAUGAAUAUGGUAGAGGUAUAUCAAAAUUGUCAGACCACAGGCCUGUGAAGGCAAUAUUUACAGCUGAAGUUGGGGUUUUGCGAACAUUGAAAGGAUACCACAGCUUUUUUCUAUCAGAAAGAUUAGACAAAAUUUCAAGCCAGUUACAAGUAUCCUCCGCCGAUGCUUUUCUAUGUAAAGGUAGCACCAAAUCAAGAAGCUUCAAAACUUGA